GCUUCGGCGCACCCUCUCGCAGGCCUGCGGCCCUUAGUGACGCGCUCUCGCGCACGUCGCUACCCAGAGCCUCCAAGGCCAUGGCCUCCGUAGGAGCGACCCCAGGCAGGACGCCGCAGGGACCGGGACCCGGGGAGGCCUCGGCCAGCUUCCCCAGCCCGGCCCCAGUGCCAGACCCCCGGGAGGCCGAGGAAGAGGAAGAGGAGGAGCCCGCGGAGAUUCAUCUGUGUGUGCUGUGGAGCUCAGGAUACCUGGGCAUUGCCUACUAUGACACUAGUGACUCCACCAUCUACUUUAUGCCAGAUGCCCCAGACCACGAGAGCCUCAAGCUGCUCCAGAGAGUUCUGGAUGAAAUCGAUCCCCGGUCUGUUGUCACGAGCGCCAAACAGGAUGAGAAUAUGACUCGGUUUCUGGGGAAGCUUGCCUCCCAAGAGCACAGAGAGCCUAAGAGACCUGAAAUCAUAUUUUUGCCAAGUGUGGAUUUUGGCCUGGAGAUAAGCAAACAGCGCCUCCUUUCUGGAAACUACUCCUUCAUCCCAGACUCCAUGACCGCCACUGAGAAAAUCCUCUUCCUCUCCUCCAUCAUCCCCUUUGACUGCCUCCUCACGGUUCGAGCACUUGGAGGGCUGCUGAAGUUCAUGGGUCGAAGAAGAAUCGGGGUUGAACUGGAAGACUAUAACGUCAGCAUCCCCAUCCUAGGCUUUAAGAAAUUUGUGUUGACCUAUCUGGUGAGCAUAGAUCAAGACACUUACAGUGUUCUGCAGAUAUUUAAGAGUGAGCCUCACCCCUCAGUGUACAAAGUGGCCAGUGGACUCAAGGAGGGGCUCAGCCUGUUUGGAAUCCUCAACAGAUGCCGCUGUAAGUGGGGAGAGAAACUGCUCAGGCUAUGGUUCACACGCCCAACCCAGGACCUGGGGGAACUAAAUUCCCGUCUGGAUGUCAUUCAGUUUUUCCUGUUACCCCAGAAUCUGGACAUGGCUCAGAUGCUGCAUCGAUUGCUGGGUCACAUCAAGAACGUGCCUCUGAUUCUUAAACGCAUGAAGUUGUCCCACACCAAGGUCAGUGACUGGCAGGUUCUCUACAAGACAGUGUACAGUGCCCUGGGCCUGAGAGAUGCUUGCCGCUCCCUGCCCCAGUCCAUUCAGCUCUUUCGGGACAUUGCCCAAGAGUUCUCUGAUGACCUACACCACAUUGCCAGCCUCAUUGGGAAAGUGGUGGACUUUGAGGGCAGUCUUGCUGAAAAUCGCUUCACAGUCCUCCCCAACAUAGAUCCUGAAAUUGAUGAGAAAAAACGAAGGCUGACAGGACUUCCCAGUUUCCUCACUGAGGUGGCUCGGAAGGAGCUGGAAAAUCUGGACCCCCGUAUUCCUUCAUGCAGUGUCAUCUACAUCCCUCUGAUUGGCUUCCUUCUUUGUAUUCCCCGCCUGCCUUCCAUGGUGGAGACCAAUGACUUUGAGAUUGAGGGUCUGGACUUCAUGUUCCUCUCAGAGGAGAAGCUUCACUAUCGUAGUGCUCGAACCAAGGAGCUGGAUGCAUUGCUGGGGGACCUGCACUGCGACAUCCGGGGUAUUUCAGAUGGUAUCUGCAAGCCUGUUUCUGGGUCCCUCUGCUGGCCUCUUUUGUCUCUCCUUCACUUUCCCCUGGAGCUGACCCCCAGCUCCCUCCCUUACCUGCCCCCAGACCAGGAGACCCUGCUGAUGUACCAGCUGCAGUGUCAGGUGCUGGCACGGGCAGCUGUCUUGACCCGGGUGUUGGACCUUGCCUCCCGCCUGGACGUCCUCUUGGCUCUUGCCAGUGCCGCCCGGGACUAUGGCUACUCGAGGCCCCGUUACUCCCCACGGCUCCUUGGGGUACGAAUCCAGAAUGGCAGGCAUCCUCUGAUGGAACUCUGUGCCCGAACCUUCGUGCCCAACUCCGCAGAAUGUGGGGGGUAUAAAGGGAGGGUCAAAGUCAUCACUGGACCCAACUCCUCAGGGAAGAGCAUAUACCUCAAACAGGUAGGCUUGAUCACAUUCAUGGCCCUGGUGGGCAGCUUUGUGCCAGCAGAGGAAGCCGAAAUUGGGGCAGUAGACGCCAUCUUCACCCGAAUCCAUAGCUGUGAAUCCAUCUCCCUUGGCCUCUCUACCUUCAUGAUCGACCUCAACCAGCAGGUGGCGAAAGCAGUGAACAAUGCCACCGAGCGGUCGCUGGUCCUUAUCGAUGAAUUUGGAAAGGGAACCAACACGGUGGAUGGGCUCGCGCUUCUGGCGGCCGUGAUCCGACACUGGCUGGCGCUUGGGCCCAUGUGCCCCCACAUCUUCGUGGCCACCAACUUUCUGAGCCUCAUUCAGUUACAGCUGCUGCCACAGGGGCCCCUCGUGCAGUAUUUGACCUUGGAGACCUGUGAAGAUGGGAAUGACCUUGUCUUCUUCUAUCAGGUUUGCGAAGGUGUUGCCAGUGCCAGCCAUGCGUCCCACACAGCUGCCCAGGCUGGGCUUCCUGAGAAACUCGUUACUCGUGGCAAGGAGGUGAGGUCCAAACAGCAACCGCCUCCAUCAGGGCUCCCUUCCACUGUCCCUGCUUCUCUGAGGGACCUGGAUUUCUGGGCCCAUGGGGUUUCUGACCCUUACUCUCUCUUCUCUUACCCAACACCCACUCCCACCCCUGCCCCUUCCUCCUUGGUCCUAGGUCUCAGACUUGAUCUGCAGUGGAAAGCCCAUCAAGCCUGUCAAGGAGCUGCUAAAGGAGAAACAAAUGGAAAAUUGCCAGACGUUAGUAGACAAGUUUCUGAAACUGGAUUUGGAAGAUCCCAGUCUGGACCUGGACAUUUUCAUGAGUCAGGAAGUGCUGCCUGCUGCCACCACCAUCCUCUGAGAGUCCUUCCUGGGCUCUCCUCCACAUCCCAGACCCCGGGAGGCUGCCAGGCCCUCUUUGUUUCCUUACCUCCUUCACACCCAGAGUUCUCAGUUUCCCUGGAAAUUUUGUUUCAUGUUAGUAAUAAAGUUUAUUUUGGAGAAAGUUAUUGUUUCCUUAGAUGAGC